GAGGACGGCGCUCGAUAGGCUUCGCAAAAAACAAGAGAACUGCCUACAUGAAGCGCAGCAAAACCUUCGCCACCGUGCUGGUCUCCUUCGCCUUGAUGGUGGGCGUGACCAGCUGCGCCAAAGUCGAUAUCCAGGCCGACGCCAGCGACAAGCGCGACGUCGACGCCCGCCAGGUCCCACGCUCUGGGCCA